UAAAGAUUACGAAGUCUAAAAGAAAAAACUCAAUGAUCUGAGUACUGUCCUGAAUAUAUUAAAAUCACAUGAAACAUGAAACGUUUUUAAUGGUUGUAUGAAAUGAAAAAACCCAGGAAAUUUGAACAAAGUCGGACUGCUUAUUCCCAAGUUAUCAUUAUCAGAAAUGGUUGCCAACUUUCAUAAAUCACCCUGUAUCUCCGAAACUAACAGUCUUAGGAUAUACAAGCCACUUUUCUGAUAGGUCUGGAUGGCCUGCAUUCACCACUAGCCUAUGGCCAACCACUCAUGAUUACACCCUGUAUAACUUGGAGUUGUGUUAGUUUGAUAAAAAGUAAUGUUGGGAAAGUCCUUAUCAUAACAUCCAAUAAGAACAUUAUCAAUAACACGAAAACAAUGAUUUUCACUUAAUAUGAGCUUUCUCGUAAUAGUAUCGUUACAAAAUGAUACGCUGUAUCACAUCAAAAAUAUAUUAUUUCUUUCAUUUCAUUUUUAGGGAAUAAUAAAAAUGUUUCCAAUCGAAAACGUUUUAUUUUUUGUAGGAAAUGGAAAAUCAUCGGAAUGUACUUGUUCUUCAAUUCAUGAUAAUGGUGCCCUUUACAAUAGCACGUUUUUGGUUUUUUGUUUUUUUGGUAUAAUUUUUAAUUGGAUGUCUUUGCUGAUUUUGAUAGAUAAGGAACAUAAAUUAGCAGUGUUUACUUAUUUGACAGUUUAUACUGCGAUGGAUUUGCUGCACACCAUAAUCCUGUGUCUCUAUGUCAUAGUUUACAUUUAUUUGAGAGACACAUCAUUAUUCAGGUUGGUUGAAUUAUUAGAAAACUUUUGCACUGAGGUACUGAAUACAAUAAGAAUCAUAGCGAUGCUUUCCAUCACAUUAGAUCGUAUAGUUCAUCUGGAGAUGAUACUUGGGCUACGCAAUUCAAAAAAGCAUAGUUCCCAAAAGCGAGCAAGAGUGGUGAUGAUUAUCACUUUCGUGCUGUGUAUUUGUGCCAAUUUACCGAACUUGUUGAUGUACAAAUGCGGGGAUGUAUUUUUGGACCCAGAUAUCUCUUUUUUGCAUUCUCAAUUUUAUUUUUCCUACAACUGGAUUUACUUCCCUUUAUUUUAUCUCAUACCUAGCUUUUUUCUUAUAAUUGGAAACAUGGUGUUGAUAAUAUUGCUCAGGCGUGCUCUGCAGAGAGAACAUCUUAAAGGCAAAGCGACAAGGAGGAAGAACUUCACACUCACUAUAACAGCCACCGUUAUUAUUUUAACUUUUGUGGUUGUCCAAAUUCCAGGUUACAUCGCGGUGAGAUCUCACUUUAUCAGCAUGGCACCCUCAAAUAUGGAUGCAAAUGAGUUGAAGAUGGUGGAUUUUAUUAUUCAGAUUUUCCGUUUUGUUCCGGCAUUAAACAGCCUAGCCAAUUUAUUUAUAUACAUCCUCUUGUGUCCCCCUUUCAAAAGGACCCUGGCAAAAACUUUGAUGGAUCAGAGAAAGAAGUUUGGUUUUAGGUCAAGUGUCAUAGUUGGAGUGUAAGGGCACCUGAAACCGAUAUAAGACGUAUCUUGAAUAAAUCAAUACAACAGAAAAGUGUUUCAGUUUACACGUGUUAUAUUUUUUCGAUUUCUUACGAAGAUAGCCAUAUUGUAAUGUAAUAAAUCAUUGCUGAAGUUGUAGUAGCCACAAUCUAACCCACAGUCUUUAUAAGCAUUCAAUAAACGUUUCGACAAGGAUGUUUUCAUCUGUAGUGACCAAAAGUUUCUUAUAAUUUAUUUCAUAGUAACAAGAAACUAAAAUUGAAAAUAAACCCUUAAUAAAUGCUUACAGAGUGAGUCUUUGACUUGUAGGUACAUACAGGGUGGUCCAACGAAUAGGGAAAGGGGUGUUGCGAUACUAAUUUUGAAGAUCGUAUCGAGUACUAUCUGACCCAAAAAUGUCGCUUCAAAAUAUCAAUCGUGUUAAGGUGUUAAGCUUUCGUUGGACCAUACUGUAUUGUUGACAAAAAAACAAUAUUUUUUUCUUUUACAAUUUUUCCGAUUCGGAAAUAAGGAUACUGAUGUUUUUCCAAGGUUAAGAUAUGUCAUUUUAAUCUUGGAAAUAGCUGCUAUCAGAAGAACGAGUAUAAACCCACUUUUUCCAUUUCCAUUUGGUGAACGAAGUAGUAUUUAUAUAUAUAUUUUUUUAUUUAUAUUCUUCUCUUGAUUUCUAUUUCAUUAUGGAUAUUAAUCAA